CGCCAAUCACCGCCGCCGCCGCACCCAGAGCAGCCAAUCCGCGUCCGCCUCCCUCAGGGAACGAGAUGGCGGCCCGCGCGGUGCGGAGGGGCGUCCUGGGCCCGGCGCGUAGGCUGGGGCUCUCCGGGUCGCGGAGGCUCAGCGGCGGGGGCGGCUACCCCGGCACCCCCCUGACGGCCCCUCUGCCGGGGCUACCCCAGCCCGCCUUCGCGGGCCUGGACGGGCCAGAGGGCUUCGCGACGGAGGUCACCGCCUUGGAGGACGGGCUGCGUGUGGCCUCCCAGAGGAAGUUCGGGCAGUUCUGCACCCUGGGCGUCCUUAUAAACUCAGGCUCAAGAUACGAAGCAAAAUACACUGGCGGUAUUUCACACUUUCUGGAGAAGUUGGCCUUUUCUUCCACAGCUCAGUUUAGCAGUAAGGAUGAGAUCCUGCUCACGCUGGAGAAGCACGGUGGCAUUUGUGACUGCCAGGUGUCGAGGGAUACCACGAUGUAUGCUGUUUCCGCAGAUAACAGGGGCCUGGACACCAUGGUCAGUCUGUUGGCUGAUGUGGUUCUCCAGCCCAGAUUGUCAGAUGAGGAAAUUGAGAUGACUCGUAUGGCGGUUCGCUUUGAGCUGGAGGACCUGAACAUGAGACCCGAUCCAGAGCCGUUGCUGACCGAGAUGAUUCAUGCCGCAGCUUACAGGGAAAACACAGUGGGAUUGAACAGGUUCUGUCCAGCAGAGAACGUUGAGAAGAUUGACAGGAGGGUCCUCCAUUCGUACCUGAGGAAUUACUACACGCCCAGCAGGAUGGUGUUGGCUGGCGUGGGGAUUGAGCAUGAGCAGCUUGUGGAAUGUGCUCGCAAGUACUUCCUGGGGGCCCAGCCAGCCUGGGGAAGCGGGAAAGCCGACGAUGUGGACAAGUCAGUGGCCCAGUACACCGGAGGGAUCCUCAAGCUUGAGAAGGACAUGUCAGAUGUGAGUUUAGGGCCCACCCCCAUCCCAGAGUUGGCCCACAUCAUGAUUGGACUGGAAAGCUGCUCGUUUCUGGAGGAAGACUUCAUCCCCUUUGCCGUCUUAAACAUGAUGAUGGGGGGCGGUGGCUCUUUCUCUGCCGGGGGCCCUGGCAAAGGCAUGUUCACACGGCUGUAUCUCAACGUCCUCAACCGGCACCACUGGAUGUACAAUGCGACCUCCUACCACCACAGCUACGAGGACACCGGCCUCCUGUGCAUUCAUGCCAGCGCAGAUCCCAGACAGGUCCGUGAAAUGGUGGAAAUCGUUACCCGGGAAUUUGUUUUAAUGGCUGGAACCAUGGGAGAGGUUGAGCUGGAGCGGGCAAAGACCCAGUUGCAGUCCAUGCUGAUGAUGAACCUCGAGUCUCGGCCGGUUAUUUUUGAGGAUGUUGGGAGACAGGUGUUGGCGACAGGGGGGAGGAAGCUGCCGCACGAGCUCUGUGUCCUGAUCGGCAAGGUGAGCGCAGAAGACGUCAAGCGGGUGGCGACGAAGAUGCUGCGAAAGAAGCCGGCAGUGGCUGCCCUGGGGGACCUGGGGGAGCUGCCCAGCCACGAGCACAUCCAGGCCGCCCUUUGCAGCAAGGACGGGCGGCUUCCCAGGACGUACCGGCUGUUUCGCUGAAGUCCGUUAAAGUUAGAGCCCCACAAAGUCGGAACUUUGGUUAAAACGACCCAUUUCUUGCCACGAUGCUUCUCUGAAAGACGGGCAGCUCGGUGCGCACUCUGGGCAUCGGGGUGGGUGUGCGAGUGUGAGAGAACCAUUUUCACAUGUCUGUUCAAAUUCUGUUGAUCCUCAAAAUAACUUAUUUUGUAAGACUCAAACUAUAUGAGAAGAUGGAGGUGAGGCAGCUGAAGAGAGUUGCCUCCUAAAAAUCAGAUUGCUAUUUUGGUAUUCAUGUUGAUUGUCUUUAAUCAGGUGGGUUAAACACCAGGGUGUGUUACUGGCUUUCUUGUAGGAGUUGUCAAUCUUUGAUGUGGGUGAGCCCACAACUAGCUGUGUGUUUUGGGAGGCUGGACCACUCAGAUGAUGCCUGUCAUGGGGCAAAGCCUUAGUUUACCAAAAUGCUCCCUCUUGUCCCUUUGGCCCUCUUCUGACAGGAUGUUCCUUUUGAUUUCUCCUUAUUUUUGCUAUUUUUCUUAACUUCCAAAUAAAACACCCAAC